CACAAGGCAGAAGGCAGAAACAAGCAAGUUAGAAAGCCUCUCCGACCUAAGUGUGUGUUGUGUUCGAGAAUCUAGGAAAGAUGUUUGGGAUAUUGAACAGGGGUCACAGGAUAAAGGGGACAGUGGUGUUGAUGACGAAGAACGUGUUUGACUUUAAUGAAUUUGUGUCGAGUACGAGGGGUGGAAUAGUUGGUGCUGCUGGAGGUCUCUUUGGUGCUGCAACUGACAUUGUUGGAGGAAUAGUUGAUGGUGCCACCGCCAUCUUCAGCCGCAACAUUGCCAUUCAGCUGAUCAGUGCAACCAAAACUGAUGGGCUUGGAAAUGGAAAGGUUGGAAAACAAACCUUUUUGGAGAAGCAUCUUCCUUCGUUACCAAACUUGGGAGAUAGACAAGAUGCAUUCAAUGUUUAUUUUGAAUGGGAUGAGAGUUUUGGAAUUCCAGGAGCAUUUUACAUCAAAAACUUUAUGCAAUCUGAGUUUUUUCUUGUCAGUCUCACUCUUGAAGACAUUCCAAAUCAUGGAACCAUUCGCUUUGUUUGCAACUCAUGGGUUUACAACGCUAAAUCUUACCAAAAGGAUCGCAUUUUCUUUGUUAACAAGACAUAUCUUCCAAAUGAAACUCCAACUUCACUGGUAAAGUACAGAAAAGAAGAACUGGACAAUCUUAGAGGAGAUGGAAAAGGGGAGCGCAAGGAAUAUGACAGAAUCUAUGACUAUGAUGUUUACAAUGAUUUGGGCAACCCAGACAAUAACAAGAGCCUAGCUCGUCCUGUUCUUGGAGGGUCUAGUGAUUUUCCAUACCCUCGCAGGGGAAGAACUGGUAGAAAAUCAACAAGAACAGAGCGUAACUGUGAGGUACCAACCAGUGACACCUACAUUCCAAGAGAUGAAAACUUUGGUCAUUUGAAGUCAUCAGACUUCCUUACAUACGCAAUAAAGUCCUUAACUCAAAACGUGCUACCUACAUUUCAAAAAGCAUUCGGUUUCAACAAUGAGUUUGAUACAUUUGAAGACGUGCGUGGACUCUUUGAAGGUGGAGUUUAUCUCCCUACAGAUGUAAUCAGCAAAAUUAGCCCCAUACCAGUGCUUAAGGAAAUCUUCCGCACUGAUGGUGAGCAAGUUCUCAAGUUUCCACCACCUCAUGUCAUCAGAGUUAGUAAGUCUGCAUGGAUGACUGAUGAAGAAUUUGGAAGAGAGAUGUUGGCUGGUGUAAAUCCUUGCCUAAUUCAACGCCUUCAAGAGUUCCCUCCAAAAAGCAAGUUAGAUGUUACAAGGUAUGGUGAUCAAACUAGUACAAUAACUAAAGAACACUUGGAGAUCAACCUUGGUGGAUUUACAGUGGAACAGGCACUGAAGGGUAACAGAUUGUUCUUAUUAGAUCAUCAUGAUGCAUUCAUACCGUAUUUAGAAAGGAUCAAUGACCUUCCCACUGCAAAGUGUUACGCCACAAGAACUAUACUUUUCUUGAAAGAUGACAACACAUUGAAGCCACUGGCCAUUGAAUUAAGUUUGCCAAAUCCUGGGGGAAAGGGUGUCAAUAGUAGAGUCAUCUUGCCUGCAGAACAAGGCGCCGAAAGCACAAUUUGGCUACUUGCAAAGGCUUAUGUUGUUGUAAAUGACUCCUGCUACCAUCAACUCAUGAGCCAUUGGUUGAAUACUCAUGCCGUGAUGGAGCCGUUUGUGAUAGCAACAAACAGACAUUUGAGUGUGCUCCACCCUAUUCAUAAACUCUUGUUGCCUCAUUAUCGUGACACUAUGAAUAUCAAUGGCCUUGCACGACAAUCGCUCAUCAACGCAGGUGGUGUUAUUGAGAGAUCGUUUUUGCCUGGCAAAUUUGCUGUAGAGAUGUCUUCAGCAGUUUACAAGAAUUGGGUUUUCACUGAUCAAGCCCUUCCGGCAGAUCUUAUCAAGAGAGGAAUGGCAGUUGAAGAUCCAUCCUCUCCCUAUGGCCUCCGGCUUGUGGUAGAGGACUACCCUUAUGCUGUUGAUGGACUAGAAAUAUGGGAUACUAUUCAAACUUGGGUUAAAGACUAUGUCUCCCUGUAUUAUCCCACAAAUGAUGCAGUUAAGAAAGACACUGAACUCCAAGCUUGGUGGAAGGAAGCUGUUGAGAAAGGUCAUGGUGACUUGAAAGAUAAGCCAUGGUGGCCAAAGUUGAACACUCCUCAAGAUUUGAUUCACACUUGCUCCAUUAUUAUAUGGAUUGCUUCAGCUCUUCAUGCAGCUGUGAAUUUUGGACAAUAUCCUUACGGAGGAUUCAUCCUAAACCGGCCUACUAUAACCAGAAGAUUGCUGCCUGAACCAGGAACCAAAGAAUAUGAUGAACUGACCAAAAAUUACCAAAAGGCUUAUUUGAGAACAGUUACAGGGAAGGUUGAGGCCCUUGUGGAUCUUUCAGUGAUAGAGAUAUUGUCAAGACAUGCUUCUGAUGAGGUCUAUCUUGGAGAGAGGGACAAUCCAAAUUGGACUGAUGACAAAAAAGCACUUCAAGCUUUUCAAAAGUUUGGAGAAAAGCUGAAGGUAAUUGAAGAUAAAAUCGUGGGGAGGAACAAAGAUUCAAGUCUUAGAAACCGUAAUGGACCAGUUCAGAUGCCUUACACUUUGCUUCUUCCUAGCUGUGAAGAUGAAGGUCUCACUUUCAGAGGAAUUCCCAACAGUAUCUCUAUCUAAUGACUUUGUCUACGUGUUGUUCUCUUUCCUUAAUAAGAAAUAAAUAUGCAAGCUUGUCUAGCUGGCAUGACUGUCUUCUACAUACAUUCAUAAGUGCUGUAUCGGAUUUUAUCAGUUUUAGUAUUUGGUACUGUCAUCCUUCAGUUCUUAUCAUGUUGCAAGUUUCUUAUCCUACCUAUGAAUAUGAAAGAUUAUAUGAUCUAA